AUGAAAAUUUUUUCUAUCCUUGUGUUUAAUAAGGACCAAAGUAGUGAACAGGCGCAACUUUUGAAAGGGGCUUCGGAUUUAUCAUCUUUCAGUUUCUUUAAUCGAAGUUCGAUACAGGAUUUCAUGAAUUUCACUGGAAAAUUGCUUGUUGAGCGAUCUGGAUUGGGCAGUCGCACUUCUGUUUCUGAGCAACAAUACUGGCUACAUGUUUACGUGAGAGCUGACGGAUUAGCAGGAGUCUGCGUGACCGAUCAAGAAUACCUACAACGGGUUGCUUUCACAAUGCUUACAAAAGUACUGGAUGAUUUUGCUACUAAAGUUUCAUCGAGCCAAUGGGCCACGAUCAAGAAUGAAAAAGACUGCACUUAUGAUGGAUUGCCUGCUUUUCUUCAAAAAUGGCAAAAUCCUAGCGAAGCAGAUCCGAUGGCACGUGUUCAGGAACAAGUUGAAGAAACAAAGAUUGUGAUGCAUGAAACGAUUCAAGCAGUUUUGGACCGUGGAGAAAAAUUGGAUGAUCUUGUGAAGAAAAGUGAAACACUUUCUGAUCAGAGCAAGCUCUUCUAUACGCAAGCUCGCAAGAUGAACAAAUGCUGUAACUAUGUA